UUUUAUAGGCUGCAGCGAAACUCCGGUGAAACUCCCGGGGUGCCGACGGGAAAGGAAGUGGAAGUUCCGGCGCUCUGGUGGGUGCCGUGCCGCGGACAUGGGGCGCCUCCACCAGCCUUGGCUGAGGGUCCUGGUCCUGGGGGGAGCUCUGGCCGUCGUCUGCGCUACAGUGACAAACCAAAGUAACUCUUCAAAAGGAAGAAGCUUUAUCGGUCAUAAAACCAAUUCAACAGAUAAGGAAGCGUACAACAUAGAUGACUUCGCUGCCAAAAUCCUCACAGGAAAACUGACUACAGUUUUCUUCCCUGUGAUCUACAUUAUAGUUUUCAUCGUUGGCUUGCCAAGCAAUGCCAUGGCUCUGUGGGUUUUUUUCUUCAGAACAAAGAAGAAACACCCCGCAGUGAUCUAUAUGGCUAACCUGGCUCUGGCAGAUCUCCUCUUCGUAAUCUGGUUCCCUCUGAAAAUUGCGUACCAUAUUAAUGGCAACAACUGGAUUUAUGGGGAAAUCCUAUGCAAAAUACUUGUUGGGUUCUUUUAUGGAAACAUGUACUGCUCUAUUCUUUUUAUGACAUGCCUCAGCGUGCAAAGGUAUUGGGUAAUUGCAAACCCCAUCCUGCACUCAAGAAAGAACUCGGAAAUUGCUGUGAGAGUUUCAGCGGCAGUAUGGGUACUGAUACUGCUUGGCACAGUGCCACUGUAUCUUGUUGACCAAACUGUUUAUAUUUCUAACCUUAACAUCACCACUUGUCAUGAUGUCUUACCUCAGGCUGUGUUGGCCAAUGACAUGUUUAACUACUUCCUUUCCCUGGCCAUUGGGGUCUUCUUAUUCCCAGCUGUUCUCACUUCUGUGGCUUACAUUCUCAUGAUAAGGACUCUUAAUGCUUCCACAACAGAUGUAACGAUUGGGAAGAAAAGGAGAAGAGCCAUCAAGCUCAUCCUUACAGUGCUUUCUAUGUACUUGAUCUGUUUCCUGCCUGCCAAUAUUCUGCUUGUGGUCCAUUAUGCCCAGAUCAAAAGCAGCGGCCUCAGUAACAUAUACGCAUCUUAUAUCACAGUGCUUUGCCUUUCUGUUCUAAACAGCUGCAUCGAUCCAUUUAUCUACUACUUCAUUUCAAAAGACUUUAGGGAUAAUCUGAAAAAUGCCCUCCUCUGUCGAAGUGUGCGCACUACCAAGAGGAUGCAAGUCUCCCUCUCUUCAAACAGAUACCCAAGAAAAUCGCCCUCUUAUUCCUCCAGUUCAAACACAACUAAGUCAACUUACUAAAUUUGUGCAUGUAAGACAGGAAUGCCUGGGUUCCCAUGGACAGAACAUUAAACUGAACUCCAAUAACAUUUAAUAAACAAAUGUUCAGAGCUGGUAGACUUAUUUUCCAUACAGAAUCAUAUGAACAAGCAUGCUCUUCACAAAGGGAAAAAUCAAUGUGGCACCCCUGAUAUGGAUAAUACUGUAUAUUUGAGUGUCGUUUUUAGACCACUGCAAGACAGGAUUGUUUUUACAACUGAUUAGCAGAUGUGCAAAGAAGUCUUCCAUGUUGGUGUUGAUCAGCCAAGCAACUUGCACCCAGUGCUCAACUGGUUUGAGCUUUUAGGCAAGUUCUGUUUCAUAAGAACAGAAGGGGAAUUGUAGGAGAACAUGAGUAAUUGUCCCUGUUUGCCAAACCUGUCUUUUCCUAAUCCAGGAUCCGUGAAAGCCCUGGAAUACCAUAUUAUUGAUAUCCCAGUGACUGUUCUUUGCACUAAUAUACUUAAUACCUUUAUUUUAACUGUGCUAUGAAUAUGCAAUGUUUCCAGUAAUGUAGCAUGUAAUUAUUUGCUUACUGCAAUAUUUUAAAUGUUUUUAAUUAAAGGAAUGCUUUUAUAUACAAGUGAGUUUGUGUGGAU